AUGGACUUCUUCGCGUGGCUUACCCUGAUAAUUAAGACGUCAUGGCUUUUUGGCUUGGCAUUUGUGUUCCUACAGCUUUGGCGUACCUCCGGGCCUCGAAGCAUUUCGCCGAAAGCUAACGUCGCAAAGCUGUCGUCUAGCGAUCUAGACCAAAAAACACUCCAAUCAUCCGCUACCGCUGCGGCGGAAACAGUCGCGACACGGAAUGAAUGCUGCGCUAAAGGCGAAGGGACGCCGCCGGCUGGGACAGAUUGUCGGACAGCACACAGACCCGCAACAAGGGAGCCGGUGGCGGCGGUGCCGCCGCCAGCACUCGCCCCGCCCGUGAGAGUCCUGUACGGCAGUACGAAGGGCACCUGCAAGCAGCUGGCGACGCAGCUGGCGGAGCGCCUCUCCGCGGUGUUGUCGCCUCUGCCAGCUGCGGUGACGGCGCCGGCCGCCGCCGCCGCCGGCGCCGCUGUAACGGCCUGCGUGGUGGCGGCCGUGGACAUCUCUUGUUACGACCCGGAGCAGCUCCUCUCGGAGCCCUCGGGCACCCUGUUGGUGGUGGUGAUCAGCACGUACGAGGGGGGUUCACCCCCGGACAGCGCCAAGUUCUUCUGCAGCUGGCUGGAGGAGGCCUCCAGCGACUUCCGCCUGGGCGCCGCCGCCCUGGCCCAGCUGCGGUUCGCCGUGUGGGGCUGCGGCAACUCCCUGUACGAGGAGCGGUUCAAUGUCGUGGCCAGGAGGGUGAACCGGCAGCUGAGGGAGCUGGGGGCGAGGAUGUUCGGACGCCUGGGUCUGGGUGACGAGGACGUCACCGCCGGCGGCGGGGACCUCUCCCUGCAGUUCGCCGCGUGGUGCGAGGAGCUGGUGGCGAGCGAGGCCACCUGGCGGGGGCACGGACAGCAGCAGCAGCAGGGGGGUGGACCGGGUGCGGCGGGGGAUGCAGCACAGGGUCAGGAGGAGCAGGAGGAAGAGGAGGAGGAAGAAGAGGAAGAGGAGGAGGAGGAGGAGGAGGAGGGUGCUGGUUCGGAGGUGGAUAUGGAGGACAUUGGCGGCGCGGGGCCCCGGAGGGGCGGCAGGGCGGGGAAGGAGAAGACCCCUCAGACCGGCCCCUCGGCAACCGCGGGGGCGGAGGGCGGGGGCGGCGGGGGCCCGCCGGAGAUGCUCAAUCCGCUCAUCCGCAGCAGCCUAACGAAGCAGGGCUACAAGCUCAUUGGCAGCCACAGCGGAGUCAAGAUGUGCAGGUGGACCAAGUCAAUGCUCCGGGGGCGGGGGGGCUGCUACAAACACGCGUUUUACGGCAUCGAGUCGCAUCGCUGCAUGGAGGCCACACCCUCCCUGGCGUGUGCGAACAAAUGUGUGUUUUGCUGGCGACAUCACUCCAACCCCGUGGGGAAGACGUGGAAGUGGCGCAUGGAUGGUCCCCAGAUGAUUGUGGAGACUGCUCUGGAUCUGCACACCCGCAUGGUCCGGGAGUACUCCGGGGUGCCGGGGGUGAAGCAGGAGGCGGUGGCGGAGGGACUGCAGGUCACUAACGCCCAGUUCCCGGACCGCAUCCAGCAACUCAAACCCGUCACCCAGCUGUACGUCUCCGUAGACGCAGCCACGCCAGAGAGCCUCAAGGCUGUUGACCGGCCCCUGUUCUCGGACUACUGGGACCGCUUCACUUCGUGCCUGUCCGCACUAGCCGCCAAGAAGCAGAGGACGGUAUAUCGGCUGACCCUGGUGAAGGGCUGGAACAUGUCUGAGGUCAGCUCGUACGCCGCUCUGGUGGACCUGGGCCGGCCGGACUUCAUCGAGAUCAAGGGGGUCACGUACUGCGGGGCGGGAGCGGCGUCUAGCCUCACAAUGGCCAAUGUGCCGUACCAUGCGGAUGUAGUGGAGUUUGGACAGGCCAUUUGCGCAGCUAGGGGAGGGGAGUACGCUCUCGCCUGCGAGCAUGCGCACUCGUGUUGUAUUCUGUUGGCGCGGGUGGACAAGUUCCUGUUGGGGGGUCAGUGGCACACGUGGAUAGACUACGACAAGUUCCAGAAGCUGGUCAAGCAGGGCGGCGAAUUCAGCGCUGAGCACUACAUGCUGCCCACACCUCCCUGGGCUGUGUUUGGAAGCCAGGAGGCGGGUUUUGACCCCGCGCAACAGCGAGUACGGAAGGUACGACGUCAUCCGGGGAAGAGCGACUCUACGGCGGUAUCGGUGGCGGGCGAGGACGCGGCGGAAGAUUUCUGA